AUGUUUCUGCGGGUGCUGUCGGACGUUCGGUGGCGGGCGACGAGCCCCGGCUGGAGGAGAGUGACCUGCUCCCAGAGAAGCACCUCCAGCACAGCAGAACCUCAGCAGGUUCCCUUGCCAGCACAGGCACAGGUUGUCAUCUGUGGUGGUGGAAUCAUGGGCACCUCCGUGGCCUAUCACCUCUCCAAGAUGGGCUGGAAGGAUAUAGUCUUGCUCGAGCAGGGCAGGUUGGCUGCUGGUACCACUCGCUUCUGUGCUGGCAUCGUGAGCACAGCCAGGCCCAUGUCCAUAGAGCUGAAGAUGGCAGACUAUUCCAACAAGCUCUACCAGCAGCUGGAGCAAGAGACAGGAGUGAAAACAGGGUACGUGAGGACAGGCUCCAUUUCCCUGGCUCAGACCCAGGACCGGCUGAUCUCCCUGAAACGCAUUGCUUCCUCACUCAGUGUGAUGGGGAUACCUUGUCAAAUCAUCACCCCAAAACAAGUGGCCCAGCUCCACCCGCUCAUCAACAUCCACGACCUUGUAGGGGCCAUGUAUGUGCCAGAAGAUGCAGUCGUGUCAUCUGCCAGUGUGAGUGUGGCCCUGGCAACUGCUGCCUCAAGGAAUGGUGUCCAGGUCCAUGAAAGGACAAGUGUCAGUCAUGUCACAGUGCAGAAGGGGUGUGUGACUGGAGUGGAGACCGACAGAGGACGGAUUGGAUGCCAGUACUUUGUCAACUGUGCUGGCCAGUGGGCCUAUGAGUUGGGCCACUCUGGGGAGGAACCAGUUAACAUCCCACUCCAUGCCUGUGAGCACUUCUACCUCCUGACACAUCCCUUGAAGGAACCUCUGGCAAGCAACUUACCAACUAUUGUAGACCCAGAUGGCAGGAUCUACAUCCGCAACUGGCAAGGUGGCAUCCUCUCAGGGGGCUUUGAGAAGAACCCCAAGCCUCUCUUCACAGAGGGAAGGAACCAGCUGGAGAUUCAGAACCUUCAAGAAGACUGGGAUCACUUUGAGCCACUCCUGAGUGCCCUCCUGCGCAGGAUGCCAGAUCUGGAGGCUCUGCAGAUCAUGCAGCUGGUGAACUGCCCCGAGUCCUUCACGCCAGACAUGCGCUGCAUCAUGGGGGAGUCACCCACUGUGCAGGGCUACUUUGUGCUGGCUGGCAUGAACUCUGCUGGGAUCUCAUAUGGUGGGGGAGCAGGCAAGUACCUGGCAGAGUGGAUGGUGAAUGGGUAUCCCUCAGAAAAUGUCUGGCCUCUGGAUCUGAAGCGUUUUGGUUCCCUCCAGAGCAGCCGCACGUUCCUCCGCCACCGUGUGAUGGAAGUGAUGCCUCUCAUGUGUGACCUGAAGGUUCCUCGGUGGGACUUCCAGACGGGCAGGCAGCUGAGAACAUCCCCCUUGUAUGACCGCCUGGAUGCACAGGGAGCCAGGUGGAUGGAAAAGCAUGGAUUUGAGAGAGUCAAGUAUUUUGUCCCACCUGGGAAAGAUCUGCUGGAUUUGGAUCAGAGCAAAACCUUUUACAAACCAGACUGGUUUGAUAUUGUGGGUUCUGAAGUCAAGUGCUGCAAGGAGGCUGUUUGUGUCAUUGACAUGUCAUCUUUCACCAAGUUUGAAAUAAGUUCCACAGGAGACCAGGCCCUGGAGAGCCUCCAGUACCUCUUCUCCAAUGACCUGGAUGUGCCAGUGGGACAUGUUGUGCACACAGGAAUGCUUAAUGAGAAAGGAGGGUAUGAGAAUGACUGCAGCAUUGCACGACUGAGCAAACGCAGCUUCUUCAUGAUUUCUCCUACUGACCAACAAGUCCACUGCUGGGCCUGGCUGAAGAGCCGCUUGCCCGAUGACAACAACCUGACCUUGGAAGAUGUGACCUGGAAGUACACAGCUCUCAACCUGAUUGGCCCCCGUGCUGUGGAUCUCCUGUCAGAGCUGUCGUACGCCCCGAUGACUGCAGAGCAUUUUCCCUCUCUCUUCUGCAAGGAGAUGAGCGUGGGCUAUGCCAAUGGCAUCCGUGUGAUGAGCAUCACCCACACAGGGGAACCUGGCUUCGUGCUUUACAUCCCCAUAGAGUAUGCCCUUCAUGUCUACAACGAGGUGAUGAACAUGGGCCAGAAGUACGGGAUCCGGAACGCCGGGUACUACGCGCUGCGCAGCCUGCGCAUUGAGAAGUUCUUUGCCUUCUGGGGCCAGGACCUGGAUGCCUUUACCACUCCUAUGGAGUGUGGUCGUGAGUUCCAGGUCAAGCUGGACAAGGGACUGCAGUUUGUUGGCCAGGAGGCCCUGCUGGAGCAGAAGCAGAACGGGGUGUACAAACGUUUCACCAUGUUCAUCCUUGAGGACCAUGACACAGACCUGGACCUCUGGCCCUGGUGGGGGGAGCCCAUCUUCCGCAACGGCCGCUACGUGGGCAAGACCACCAGCAGCGCCUACAGCUACACCCUGGAGCGCCACGUCUGCCUGGGCUUCGUGCACCACUUUGAUGAGAAGACAGGGGAGAAGCUGGUGGUGACAACUGACUUCAUCAACCAGGGGGAGUACGAGAUCGAGAUCGCCGGGCAGCGCUUCCAGGCCAAGGCCAAGCUCUACCCCUUCAGCUCCCUCUUCACGCAGCGGCGCCGCAAGGACGAGGUGGAACUGAGUGGCUACCAGAGGGAGUAG